AUGCCUGAGAUCGUCGGCAAACUUUUGAAAUCGGACGGAAAGCCAAUUUCCGAAAUCGAGAAGCAAGUCUCGCAAGCUCUUGUCGAUUUGGAAACCAACGAUGACACCAAAAACCAAUUGAAGGAAUUGUACAUCGUCGGAGUUAAGGUAAGUAAUUGUUUGAAAUAUUUUUGUUAUAGAGAAUUGAUUAUUGAAAAUUUCUAUAAAACUUACGGGCUACAAGAUUCAUCGCCAAUUUUUAAAUUUCUAAAACAAUCGAUUUUUAUAAUUCAUUGCAAAACUGAUUUUCAUGAAUUUAUAGGAAGUUGAAGUCGGAAACAAAUCCGCCAUCAUCAUCUACGUCCCAGUCCCACAACUCAAGGCUUUCCACAAGCUCCAACUCAGCCUUGUCCGUGAAUUGGAAAAGAAAUUCGGAGGAAGAGACAUCAUCUUCCUUGCCAAGGUGAGUAGUGUUUUAUUAUUUUGGAAAUGUUAAUUAUUAUGUUGGAAAUGAAUCCUCACCAAUUUAGACUUGGGUCACGUUGAAUUUUACAAUUUUUUAAUCUAGUUUGGAAUAUUGUUAUUGUAUGUUCUUUGGAGAAACCCUAAUUUUGACUUUCCCGCGCAUUACCUUGUUCUGCGGAAUCGGAGAGAGAGAAAAAUAUUUCAUGGCGUUUAGGGGUUAACUCGAUUGUCCUUGGAGCUUCUAGUUCAUGUGUGGACUUUUCCUUUUCAAUUUUAAUGAAGUUUUGUGUGCUAAUGUGAUACUACUAUUAUUCUCCACUUACUUUUUCGUGAAUUGAUUGUUGGUCUGAAUUUUUCCUAAUUUUCUGAGUAUCUUGCAUUUUUAGGAUUUUGCUAUUUUUGAUUUUAAAACUUGCUGGGCAGAAUUAGGACCAAUUUUCAACAUAAACUUUUCACUACUAAAUUUUUUUCAGAGACGUAUCCUUCCAAAACCACAAAGAGGAAACAAGGCCCGACCACAAAAGCAAAAGAGACCACGUUCCCGAACCCUCACCGCUGUCCACGACGCGUGGCUCGAUGAGCUCGUCUACCCAGCUGAAGUUGUCGGAAGACGUAUCAGAGUCAAGCUUGACGGAAAGAAAGUCUACAAGGUCCACCUCGACAAGAACAGUGAAACCAACGUUGGACACAAGACCGGAGUUUUCGCCGCCGUUUACCGUAAGCUUACCGGAAAGGACGUCACUUUUGAAUUCCCAGAGUCCAUCUUCUAA